AUGUCAGAUAUUGAAAUUGGUUUAAAGAUAACAAAGUAUGCAGAAUCCCGCCAAAAUGGUUGCAUCUCAAAAUAUGAAUGCGAAAAUGUGUGCGAAUCUAAAAUACAGUGCAAAACCAGAUACGAAUAUAAGUGUACUGACUUCCGACGGCAAGAGUGUAAGAACGUUUGGCAGAACAGAUGCAAUGGAAACAGGGGGAAAAGGGAAGUGAAAAUUGGAGACAAUGAAGAAGAAGAAUUAGAAAAAGAAGAUUUAGAAAAAGAAGAAGUAGAAGAAAUAGAGGAAGAAGUAGAAGAAAAAACAAUCGAAGGUCGUCUGAAGGGGGAAACUGGAGAUCUAAAUGAGUCUAAGGAAACGAAAAUAUUGUCCCGGCAGAAGCGUUUAAUCCCAACAGAGAUAGUUUAUGAUCAAAGUUAUCCUAUUCCAGAAUCAGAUAUUCCGUUUGCAGACAAUGGAUUAGGACAAAUCUUUGACUUUGCGAAUGAACCUGUGAGUAAACAAUGCUGGAAUAGAGUGAGAGAAUGCAAGUGGGUAAAGUACAGAUCCCAGUGUCGGAAUGAGCCCAUGAAAGAAUGUGACUCCAAACCUUCUCAAGUCUGCAAAAAGAAGUGUAAACGAAACUACUAUUGCAACCAGUGCCCGGAUACUAAACCCACGCCUCGUCCUACUCGUCCUACUGGUCCUACUCGUCCAACUAGACCUACACGCCCAACUCGUCCGACGAUUGGUCCCCCAUCUAUCCCGCCCUCGGGAACCUUUAUAGUUCGUCCCCCCGGCAUACCCUCGAAAUUCGACCAGGUGGUCAUCGACGCCAGGUCGUCAAAAAGACACGUCGUGCCAUAGUGUUUACAAUAUUCGACUGAUCUUUGCAUUCAUUCAUUCAUUUAUUCAUUCAUUCUUGAUGAAUGUGGGCAAUACAAUUAUAUGUGAUACUGAUAAGUAAUAGUUACCAUUUAUAUAUAGUUACCAAUAUACGUUAAAGUCCUUGUUGUAGAAAUGUAAAUAAUGAUUUAUACAAUAUAUUCAAUUCAUUCA